AUGUCUGUUGAGGAUAAGCCCUUUGUCCACGAAGUCUUUGCGGUGUGUGAAGAUGAACGAGAUGGACGACAGCCCAAACUUUUCGAUCAACCCUUCCAACUCUACGCUAGCUGUAAGCCGUCGUCAUCUGUCUUCUUUCGUCUCAGAGUCUCCCUCAUCAACGGCGCCUCGCGCAAAAUCAUGGUUUAUCUGCAAAUCACACCGGAUCGAAUCUCUUCCCUUCGUUACACGACAUGCAAUGCGAACGACCUGGGCAGCCCGAGCCCGCCGUGCCUCGAACUUGUCCGUCAGAAACUGGGCGGCAGGCGCUCAGUAGCUCGUCUCCAGUUCCAGCUACACAGCACACAUGCUCAGCUCGUCGUACCAAUCGGUUUUGCUCUCGAUGAGCCCCCAGACAGCCCGGCGCGUUCUGCCCUUGGCUCUGCCAACUCGCUUGCAGCCGCUUCCCUAUUUUCCCUGUAUCUUCCUCACAACGUUUUAUCCAUGGUGAAGUUUCAAAGCUUCGCACGGGCCCUUGACCAGUUCCCGACUCUGAGUGCCGAACAACAUCAGUUGUAUACUCGAAUGGUGGAUCUGCGUGGCCUGUAUAACGGCACAGGGGGUAUGGAGAUGACACUCGAGGACCAAGAUGCCAGUCCUCUGCCAGAUAAGGACCACGACAGGUCUACCACACCACCCACGACCGCCUCGUAUACUACUACUGUUGCCUUUGACACUCCCUCGCGUUAUAUAGACUCGCCACCGCGGUAUGAAGAGUGCCCGGGUGAGGGCUGGCAGCCGAAGGCUAGGUCAGACCCCACAGCUAUCUCCGCCGACAGUCUCGAUGUCCGCUCUGCCUUGCCCGAGUACAUAGAGAACGAUCGACAGGACAAAAUGUCGAAUGCUCCUGAACGCGUGCUGCACUAUGGGGGCAAAUCCAUUGAUUCACGCAAGACGUGUAAAAGAAGACAUUCAUUUGCUGCCGGGUCGCCAACAUUUUCGUCGAUUGCAAACGUCCAACGCCCAGAGAAAAUGCUGCGAUCUCAGAUAGCAGAGUCGGACCGCUGUCAGAGCAGGCUGGAGCUUCUGCUUGAACAUCAACGCAAACAGAUUGAACAGCUACAAAAAGAUAUGAGGGAACUUAGGAGGCGGAACACGGAGCUCGAGGGGCGAUAUGGUGAGGUGGAGGAAACCUGUUGUGACUUGGAGAGUCGUCAACUCGAAACGAAAGAGACCAUUGAGUCCAUACUUACACACACUGGCGAGCUCGACGAUGAGUGCGAGAAGCUUGGAAAGCAGAUGCCAGACAUCUAUGAGGAGGUGCAGGAUACGGUGAAAGACUUGGUGGGUGAAUGGGUCCAGGAGAAUAUGACGGAAAUUAUAAAAGGGCAUAUCGACCAGCAAGUCGCCGCCCAAAUAGCUCUAGUGAAGACAAAGAUGUGCCGGGCUCUACAAGAUUAG